ACCGUUUAAGGUUAAGAAACAAGAUGUGUGCUGCAGUUGAUAUGAGGUUUAAUUGUUGGUCGGAAAUGUGUUGUUUUAGUGUGAUCUUAGCUAACGACUUAAGAGAUAUCUGUCUACAUCCAUUCAAGUUGAUCGGACUUGGUCUUCUUGUAUGACUGAAAUAGCUGCCCGGAGACAUUGCAAACAUGUCCGCCAAGUGCGGUGACUUUACUGACAGGGAGUUUGAAGGCAGCGACGUUAUGAAAUUACCAUGAUGUUAUUUGGUCGUGUGCUGUGCUGCAAGACUGCGCUGAUCAGCUGUCAGUUUUAGACAAUAUCAUGCGACCCGGAGCCGACACUCGCAGUAUUAGGAAGUUCAACCUGAAAACAGCUGAACAAGGACUGAAGGAUGGGAGUUCAUUGUCUGAUAUCAGAUCACAGGAACAACUCCGCUUUGAGAGCACACUUACUCCUGCUGACCUAGUCAAAGUGCAGGUGGACAGGCAGUUUGUUUCAGAGGUCAUCAAUGGGUUAAUAGUCGAGCUUUGGGAGAAAAACACUUUCCAGAGUUUGUUUUCAGCAGUGGAGGAGGAGAGGAAGAUAAAAGCCCAACUUCUCGACAUUUUAAUGAGGGAUGAAGAACGUCGCAUCAGGAUCAAAACUCUCCAAAAACAGUUACUGGAUAUCUGCAAGGAGAAAACAGAGGAGUGUGAGAGACUUAAGGAAUCAAUUGCUCACCUGAGGCACCAGGUAGAAAACACGAGGAUGAAAACAGAAUGUCAGAGGACAUUUGUGAAGAGCUGUACCCAACAACUGGUCUGUCAGGGACAAAAAACCAACAGUCACAUAGAGAAAGAACUGGAAGAUGAAGUCAUGAUGACAGUGAAGAAAAGGAAGGAAGAAGAAAAGGUAUAUAUGGAAUCGGAGGCCUUCCUGAAAAGUCAACAUGCAGGCUUACAGGAGCAGAUGCAGUAUUGGACGACGCGAUACGAGAAAGACUUGGAGACAAAAGAGCAAGAGCUUACUGCUUUACGAAACAAAAAAGCCAACAACCUGGCACAACUUCACGAGCUCUCUAAAAAGUGCAGAGACAUGCAGCAGGUUAUUAUUGAAGACAGGAGGCAGAAGGAAGAGAUGCGUGUACAGCUGGAGAAAGAGCAGAGGGAGAGAGAUGCUGCGAUUAAAAUUCAGUCGUGGUGGCGGGGAACUGUUGUGCGCAGGGGACUUGGCUCUCCUAAAAAAGCUGAUAAAUCUAAGCCUAAAAAAGGCAAGAAGAAGAAGAAAUGAUUGCUGUGAUUGUGCAGGAUAAUUGCUCUAUACAAUAUAAAGUGCAAAGGAUUAUUUAAAG